AUGAAAAGCUCGUUGGAUAAAUAUCAAGAGAUUUGAUUUCGUGAACGCAUCUCGCUUCACUUCGCUGCUCUAUCAGCGCAUGCAGCAGUAAUGUACGUGCGGCAAACCAACUCGCAAGCAGCAAAUAUGGACAACUUUCAAAGAAUAUUGAGCAACGACGAGAUAAGAAUGACUUCAGAGAGAUCAUCUGCAUCGAAGAAAGUAAGUCUUAAUGAGCUGUUUUUUAAUUAUUAAAAUCAUGAGAAUCUACAGGGUUUGCGGUAAUAAUGGCUGUCGGCUGUCUGAUACGAUUCUCUUUUCUUUUAAUAGGGAAUCUUGCUUCAGAAUUUGGACGAAGGAAAACCCUGCCUUAAAUGUGGAGAAAAAUGCCCUGGAUUUAGCUUGCACGUGUGGCGGUAAGCACGAACUCAAGGCUCAUAAACCUUGUUUAUUUUUUACUUCGUUUUAAGUUGUUCACCCGUCCGUGUUAAGCACGCAGUGCACAAGAAUUAACAGUUAAUGAAAAAUAAAUUUGAAUCCCGUUGUUUAGAGUAAAAAUUAUUCUUUGUGUCUUUAAUUAAAAGUGUACAAUAGAACACGUCGAAUCUCUUACGAGUUAUUUCACUACCCACCUCGAAAUAAUCGUAGAGUAACAAGGCAACAAAUAUUUGUUUUCAUUACGUUUCUUGGUUAAAUUCGAGCAUUUUUCGCACAAGGGUGUGGGGAUUAAAGGUUAGGCCCUCUUGAGCUAGAAUCAGCGCCAGCUUUCGCUUAUCAACUUGACAAUGCUCCACUGGAAAAUUUAACUUUAAGCCCGCGCUCUUGUGUAUAAAAAGUAAUGUCUAAUGUCCACGCAGUAAGAUUGUCAUUGUAAAUCUACGUGUCAAGUCUGGCAAAGCCUGAGGGUAUUAGAAAGCUUUCAGUUUUCAUUCAUUAAUCGCUUCAGUAGUCAAACACAGAAGGUGCACUUCUCAAAGCCAGUUCUCGGUCGGUAAGAGCUGUUUCUCUGUUCAGUCUCCCGGUGAUUCUUUCGUUCAUUUUGGUCAGCUGAUCGCGUGAUUGACUCCCUUUAAGACAACAUGGAGAUUUUGGGCAGCGAACAGAAGACCAGAACUCCUACUAAACCACCGAGACCGAGCCGCAAAACGUAAGUAUAUUUCAAUUUCGCGACUGAGUGGGCAUCGAUUGGAACAAACCUUUUAAGACACUACUCAAUUAAGGGUUUAUAGAGACUGGUUGCGUUUGGCUUGCUCAAAAAGAUUCAUAGCACACCAAAGCGGCAUACGAAAAUUCAUUGAACAUACGAACGCAAUAUGCUUUAAACCUGACUGCAUGUUUGUUUAUAUCUUUCGUAUUCAGAACAUUUUUAGAUCUUGAAUUAACUCCUUUUAUUAAGUAUACCAAUACGGCGUUGUGUUAUUUUUGAACUGCCGGGUAUCGUGACACUCGUUUAUCGCAGUUUCAGCUUUCCUCGUAUGAAAUAAACACAAGGUACAUGCACGCAAAGGAGAGAAUUUUAUUGUGAGCAUUUCUUAAUCUCUUGUUAAACAUUCCAGUUCUGUUUUAGUGAUUUCCAAUUGUUUUGCAUGAUUUUUUUUCGUCAAUUACUCGUCUUCUGUUUAUAGGGAAGGGCUUUGUAUUGGACAGAAAUUAGACAUUCAAACUCCUUGUCAAUUCCUACGUUUCAUCGCUGACGGGUCUAAAGCAAUUUCAUUAUCAGCAGACAGCAUACAGGAUGAGAACUGCGAAUUACAGUCAUCCAACUCCGGCAAAUAUAACAUGUUGAUUCUACGUAGUAAAUGUUUUUAUCCAUCUUUUUUAUCGCUUAAUGAAUAAUUCCUUUAGACGCCGCACCACUUGUCUGUUAACAAUGACGAAGUAUUGAUGAUCAGAGUGAAAUUAAGAUUUGCUACCUCCCUUUUUUUCAGUUUUGGAUGGAUGUUGCAAUUUCAAUUUUGAGCGAAUUCCGAGUGUUUUCUUCUGUCCCGCAAUGCCAUCAAAAGAAUGUCGAAAAGACUUAACUAAUUUUGCCUGUUUCACCGAAAGUUUAUACUAGAAUGGCUGAAGUGUAAUCAACUUUGACAGGUCGUUUUUUAAAGGGAAGCAUUACGUAUCGAAAACAGAAUAGAAAACUAUCAUGAGUUAUUUUCUAACCUUAUGGUUUGAUACUCGAUGCAUCAAAAGGAAAACUGUUCAUGUAGAUUAGCGGUCACCCUUUGUUGUAGUUGUUCCGCAUGCGCGCGUUUUCAGAGCUGAGUCAAAGUAACUGACUGGCUGAUUGAUUGACAAUGAGAUCGAAGUUCAAAAAUAGUACUGAGGUCAGUUCUUGGUUCGUAAGACUUGUCGUUGUCUUGAAUGAAUUAACUUUAUUUCCGCACUACAAUUAUAUAGUGCGACUGUUUGCCCGAUGGUUUCAAAGAGAUAAGAGAGGGCAAGGAAUGUCAGUUUAUUUAUAGUCAAAGACGCGCCGCAUCCGGCCUUUUACACACUAUAUAUGGCCGGCCGGCACUCCUUCCAGGCUCACUAUUUUCGUCUCAAGCUAAAAUAGGCAGAGUGCAAAAAAUGCCCGGUGCUGGUGAUUGUUAGUAUUUUUGUUCGUCAUAUUCUUAAAUCGAUUUCAAAUUAGCUGGUGACGAGUUGGUUUUCCAGCAUAGGAAUGCUUUUCAACCUUUAUCGGAACUUUAAUAUACGUAGGCCACUGAAGAAGAGCCUAAUUGAUGGAAGAGCUUAAUCACUUUCGUUUAGAUCAACUUGAUGUUUCUCGCGUUUUCAAUACGACAUGUGCAUUCUACAGGUUAUUAGUCGGUGGUGUAAUCAUAGACAGACCAAAGAGUCCGAGUCUUGUGCUCACUGUUUGUUUAUACACAAAGAAAAAUCUCCUUCCUAAUAUAACGCUAGACUCAACUUAACUCGGAAAGGAACCUUUUCGGUGUUUUGAAAAAUUACUUUUCUGAAGUUUUGCGCAAGAUGUGGAUCGGCCAUCCCGGCCUUGCUUUUUGGGGGAUUCAAGGCUCAUUAACAUUUUAGAUAAACCAAUAAACUCCCGCUACAAAUUGUUUGAUCUGCAAUUCUUAUUCCACAGCAAAGUGUGUGCAAACUGUAAAUGCCCAAGAGAGAAUCAUGAUGUGUCGGUAGAUGUUGAUUUGGACGGAGUUGAAUUCAAAAUUAGAGGCCUAAACAUCCAGUCCAACAUUAACAAAGAGAACGAUUUGCCUUCCCCGCCUUCCCCAAGGAGACAAAAUUACAAUGAUUACUCUACAGUGAAGGUGACCACGACCGAGAGCGGUCCUGUUGACAAUGACUUCUUGCCCCCUCCUCCCCCAUCCGCUUCAUUGGCCUCAGCUUACAUUUGGUCCCCACCGGGACUAACCGCUGGACAGGUAAGGAAAGAUGCAGGUUAUGAAUUUUUACAGCAAGUUCAGAAUCCAAUAGCUGUUUUAUUACACAUUCAAAUUGAUUCUUACUUGCCGCCUUUGUGCAAAAACACGUGCUUAAUCGAAUAAAUGCGGUUUCUCGAUUGAUGUUAAAUCUCCGUUUUCAUUAGCAUUUUCCUCGGUAAAUUUAGGAUAUAACGGGAUGUUCAAAAAGCAGUUGUAAUCCGUUAUAAAUUGUAUUUUCGAUGUUCUUGCGAUGUUUUAGGCAAAAAAUCGGCUAUUUCUUCCUCACAAAACGUGUGAAAUUUUCUGCUGCUCCAACAAAACAAAUGAGUGAACAUAACCUCGUCCCCAGCGCUUCUCGGUUGCGUCCCUUUGUCUGUCGAUAGCCUGUGACGUCAUUCUAUCGAAUAUCGUAAAUUUGGUUAGCCCUAGCUGGCUAUGAAGAAUUAGUCUUGUUGUUAAACGAGGACAUACCGUGGAUUACAUCUCCCUGUUUCGAUGUUUCUGAAGAUGUUCUUUAACGAAGGCUAAAAAAAUUUCCGUCAAGUACAGUUGAACCUCCAGUAACGGCCACCUCUCCACAACUGCCACUUUUUUUUGGUCCGGUGUACAGUCCAUACAUUGACUCUUAUUAAAAACUUCUCUACAACUGCCACUUUUUUUCGGCCCGGCGUACAGUCCAUACAUUGACUCUUAUUAAAUACCUCUCUACAACUGCCACUUUUUUUCGGCCCGGUGUACAGUCCAUACAUUGACUCUUAUUAAAAACCUCUCUAUAACGGCCACCUCUCCACAACGGCAACGGCCACUAAAACGUGUCCCCAACUGCGAAAAUAAUCUCUCGAAAACGGCCAGUUUUUUUACUGACUAAUGAAAAAGCAGGCUCCUGGAAAAAGUCAAGAAUGGUCAUGAAAUUUGAUUCGUAUGGCGCGUUGAUGAUUAACCACCGCAAUCGUAUUUAAAUUUUGUUUCAUUUAUACUGUCACAGUAAGCAUUAAUUCUCUACGAUAUUUAAAGCGAAAUGUUGCGAGCCUUUCUCGUUUUGUCAAGUUAACAUUUUGAUUCCAAACAUAAUUCAAGCUUUUUGCGUAUUUUAUAUCAACAUAUUAUUUAUGAUUGGAUAAUUAUCAUUAUGGAAGAGAGUAAGCAAGAACUUAGCACAAUAAACAUGAUGUACUUCCUAAAAAAAAUUGUCACAUUACACCCAUACCUGUCCAUAACGGCCCGGGCUACAACGGCCCUUUUUUCUGUCCCCAAGGUGUCCGUUGUGGGGAGGUGGGACUGUAUUCAAAUAUUAUUUUUUUAAAAAUGCAUUUGUCUUUUGUAAUGUUUAUUACCGCAUUUUGUUGUUUAAUUACUUCUGUAAAUGAAACCGCUGUAUAGAAAAUCUUAGUAUUCAACUUACAGCAAUAUAACUAAUAUUCAGUUAAAACUUAAGUCUGCUGAAUUGUUUUGAUGCUUUAGCAGGUAUGAAAAAGAAGUUUUGUCUUCGACUUUUUUCCUUAGGUAGAGGCUUACAUGAAGUCUCUGCCGGAUGAUAAGAUCCCGAUUGCCGAUUCUCCAGGAGAAUCAUAUUAUCGCACUCAGCAAUUAUAUCAAAACCCUCCACAAGACAAAGCACCUGUACAUUUCUCAAAUAUCCCU